AUGACGGGUUGGCGUAAGAAUCGUCUCGAUGUGGACGACCUGUUCCGGUGCUCCCGACACGACGAGUCGCAACGGAUUGUCCAGGAGCUGGAAAAGCACUGGAAUAAUGAACGUCAAAAAAAAGUCGCCCAAAUUCUGGAGGGCAUUGGUUAUGACAUACGGGGCGUACUUUAUACUGCCCCUGUCCAUAUUUAUAUUGUCGUUCAACCCGUGCUGCUAGGCAUAGUGAUAGACUAUUUUAGCAAGGUAAAAACUAGCACCUUCGACCAUGCGUGCGUGGCCGCCGGGGGAGUGUGCUAUAGUUCAGCCCUGUUUAUAUCGCUAUACCACCCGGCCAAUUUGUUGACCACGCAAAUGGGCAUGCGAAUACGCGCCUCCACCUGUACUCUCAUGUUUAAAAAAUCACUUAGACUGAGCCGGGCAUCCCUGGGCAAAGCGACGGUGGGCCACAUCGUGAACCUAAUGUCCAAUGAUGUCAGCAGAUUUGAUGCCUUUUCAAUGGACGCCUGCUAUUUACUCGUAGCGCCCAUACAGACUGCGAUCGCUGUAUAUAUCAUAUAUACAGAGAUCGGUUACUAUUGCUUCGUAGGUGUGGCCCUAUUGCUGCUGUUUAUGCUGUUUCAGGCAUUUAUGAGCAAACUCAUCUCGAAAGUUAGGCUAAUGACCGCACAGUUAACGGACAGUCGACUGCGGCUCAUGAAUGAGAUUAUAUCGGGGAUGCGAGUCAUCAAAAUUUUUAGUCCCAGAGCAUCGGCCGGUGCUAGUAGCAUACCGGUGCUGUGGCUGAGAUAUAACUUUUAA